AUGGAGCAACUUGAUCGAGACGAGGUCAAGCGCCGGCUCAUCGGCGUGUGCAAGGAGUUGAUGGUGCUCGUGCAUGGCAGCUACGGGCCUCUAGGAAGGGUGCAGCUACUGCAGGCAAACGCGCAGUGUCCUGACGCGCUCACGGCCACUUCUGUCGCCGAGCGAUAUUUUGCCAACCUCAACACUGGAGACUGUCCAAUCGCCAACGCAUACCUUCAUAUACUGAAGAGCAAGAUCCGAAAUCAUGCUGACUCGGGGCUCUUUCUUGCUGGUUUGAGUCUGCAACUAGCACUGGACUGGAGCUUGCAGUACCUGGAAGAUCCGAGAUGCCCAGUGCGUGUAGCAGUGGAUUGGAGCUCAGCGACAUCGAUUUCCGCUGUACUUCAAGGCAUCGUAUCCUCCAAGUCAAUCACGGGGUUAGAUGAGAAAACCUUAGAAUCAGUGGUUAUUCCUCUUAUUAUUCAAGCGUUUGUGAGUGUAUUCGGGUACGUCGUUGAGCACCCGAGCGAGACCGUUCCUGUGCAGCUUUUGUUUGCCCCCGGCCAAGCGUCUAUCGCCAAAUCCGAAGUCUGGAAGCAAACGGUCCUCCUCGACCUCCCGUGGCCUGCUCGUGGAAGACUUCAAGGUGCCAAGCGGAGCCUAUUAUCCCCUCCUAUCUGCGACGUAUGCGUCGCCUUGUUCAAUAUCACUAUCGAACCACUGAUCGAGUUUGAGGAAGAUGACGCGAACAACAAUACGAGUGUAAAUCACACGGACUCGAUGGGAGCAUUCCGUCUGCAAGCACUGCGACAGGUUGGAGAGCGAUUAGAACGGCUAGGAGCCACUGCAGUUCUUUCGCAGAAAAUUAUCCCGAAGUAUCUACAGACGUAUCUGGCUGCCAAGGGGAUCUUCACGCUUGAUCGUCUCUCCGCUGCAUAUAUCCGAAGUGUGCAGAUGCUGAGUGGAGCGACCAUUCUCAGCGACUGGAGAAUCGACGACAGCAUCGUCAGCAGCUCACUCGGUUUCUUAUCUCUCAUCACCACGCAAACUCUCGGUAACAAGCAGUUCAUCCGUCUGCAUUGUGGGGCCCCCGCUGCGGACAGCGAUAACGCACACCCAGUAACAACACUCGCCAUCACUGCACCCGACCGCUUCGCAUAUGAUGAGCUUAGCCACGUAGUUACCACCUCUUUGAAAGUACUGGCAAGCUUGAUUGAUACUCCGGACGUUGUAGCUGGCGCUGGCUGUAUGGAGAUUCACCUCGCAGCAUUGCUACGCGAUCGUGCUAAGCAAUUACGAGUCCCUAGUCCAGUAACGACAUCCAGCAGUACCCAGAUUGACAGCAAAGCAGCACGAAUACUACAUCAGUUGAGCCAAACAAUCGCCACUUUUGCUGACCGCCUGGAGGAUAUGGCCGGGCGCUUGUGUGAGAGUCACGCUUCCUCCACUGACCGUGCAGCGAUGAUCGAGCAGCUUCGCGGAGCAAACAGCGAGUCUCUCGACGAAGACAAGGUCAUAGACGAUGCUCGCAUCCUAGACACCCUGCAGUCGAAGAAAGAUGCAUUAGUGCUAGCAAUCGAGAGUGUGUCAUCGCUAGCUCGAAUUGCAUCGGUCGUUCGAGUACCUUGA